UGGGCGUGUCGUCGGGUUGGAUAAAUAAACUGUUGCUUGAGCCUUUUAGUCCUAGCCAGCGAAGUUUUGUUGAAGAAUCGCAAGAAAACUGCCCAACAGCACCAUGGCUUCAUCAGCUCCUCUGACCAAGGCCAACACCACCUUCUCUCUGGCUCUGUUCGCUAACCUGGGGGACAACGACAAGACUGAAAACGUCUUCUUCUCUCCGUUCAGCAUCUCUUCGGCUCUCGCUAUGGUGAUGCUGGGAGCCAGAGGCAACACGGCCACGCAGAUGUCGGAGGUUCUCAGGUUCUCUGGGAAGCCCAAGCAGGCAGGAGCUCCUAAGAUGCAGAAGUCGAAGCCGAUGGAACAGCAGGUCCAGGGCCAGCUGCCUCAGUUUGUGAAGAUGAGCCUGCACACGAUGAGUAAUCAGGACGUCCACGCCGACUUCGCCAAACUGCUGAGCGAGCUCAACAAGACCGACGCUCCGUACGCUCUGAGCGUUGCAAACAGGCUGUUCGGAGAGCAAUCCUACCAGUUUUUUCAGGAUUUCCUGCAGCAAACCAGGAAGCACUACCAUGCCGAGCUGGAGACGGUGGACUUUGUCAAGAACUCAGAAGCAGCCCGGCUCAAAAUCAACAGCUGGGUGGAGAAGCAGACACAAGAUAAAAUCAAGGAUAUUCUGGGCAAGGAUGCGGUGGACAGCCUGACCAAGCUGGUGCUGGUCAACGCCAUCUACUUUAAGGGCAACUGGAACAAGCAGUUUCAAGAGAGCGCCACACGCGACACUCCGUUCAAACUCAACAAGAAUGAGACUAAGCCGGUGAAGAUGAUGUACCAGAAAUCUAAGUUCCCCUUGACCUUCAUCUCUGAAGCCAACUGCCAGAUCCUGGAGAUGCCUUACAAAGGGAAGGAGCUCAGCAUGCUCAUCUUUCUCCCCAAUACAGUGGAGGACGGUACAACCGGUCUGGAGAAGCUGGAGAAGUUGUUGACGUAUGAGAACUUUGCGGAGUGGACUCGUCCAGACAUGAUGAAUGAAGUUGAGGUCCAGGUGGGGCUGCCCCGGUUCAAGCUGGAGGCGAAAUACAACUUGAAGAGCGUCCUGGUCAGCAUGGGCAUGGUGGACGCCUUCGACAUGGGGAAGAGCGACUUCUCUGGCAUGUCCUCUGCCAACGACCUGUAUGUGUCUGAAGUUUACCACAAAGCCUUUGUGGAAGUCAACGAGGAGGGAACAGAGGCUGCUGCAGCCACCGCAGCCGUCAUGAUGCUGCGCUGCGCCAUGAUUCCUGCCAGAUUUAUCGCAGACCACCCCUUCCUCUUCUUCAUCCGACACAACCCCUCCAAGAACAUCCUCUUUUCUGGCCGUUACUGCGCUCCUCAGUGAGCUGAGAGGUUACCCAGGGAUCAAUGAAAGGAGAACGACUGGCUGCUGUUCCUGUUCUGUAGCUUUAACACCAGCUUGAGCAAAAAAAAAAAAAGUAUUAACAGUUUUCUCAGUGCCUUGCUGAAAUGAUACAACCGUUUCAACUGACAUGUGUUCUGCCUUAAUAAUAACACCAUUUGUCCCCAAGCAGCUCAGACUACAACUAUUCUUUGCACUCUUACUGUUACUUUUAUUAUUUCACAUUUCAGCUGAACCAUACGGAGUAAUAUUAUAAACGUAGUGGCUGUGCAGUUAUACUUGUGUGAAAAUAAGAAAUAUCUACUACAUAGAGCAAGAAUUUACAGGAAGUCAGCGCUUUUACUCAUGAAAUAAAAGUAUGAUAUGCA